UCGACACCAUCACCAAGCACCAAACAACAUCAAUGUCUAAAACUACUACAGAAGCUGCGCCUCGGUGCCCCUUCAGUGGCCAAGCCGCCGCCGGCGCUACUGGCUGCCCCUUUAGUGCCCAAAGAUCCGCAGCUUUGCCCGUGCCAUCCCACCGAUGUGACCCCGCGUCUCUUCAGGACGAGCUCAAAGUCCCAGAGGUCCCUCCCCUCACCGACAACCAAAAGGCGCUCAUUACUGCUACUGUUCCUAUCUUGGCCGAGCAUGGGUUGGCCAUUACUUCCCACUUCUACAGAAACAUGAUUUUGGCUCAUCCCGAGCUGAGGGACGUUUUCUCCAUCAGCUCCCAAGAGCUCGGCCACCAGCCCCAGGCCCUCGCUGCUGCCGUCUACGCCUACGCCGCCAAUAUCAACGAUCUCACUCCUCUCCUCCCCACCGUCGAACGUAUCGCCCAUAAACACACUUCGCUCCACAUCACCCCCGAGCAGUAUGGUAUCGUCGGCAAGCACCUCAUCCAGUCUAUCGUCGAUAUCCUCGGUGAUGCUGUGACGCCCGAGAUCGGUGAUGCUUGGUACAACGGUUACUGGAACUUGGCUCAUGUCUUUAUCGACCGCGAGAAGGCAAUCUACUCCGAGGCUGUCCAAGCUGGUGGAUGGGAAGGCUGGAGGUCGUUCAAGGUUGUCAAGCGCGUUAAGGAGAGCGAUCAGAUCACUUCGUUCUAUCUCAAGCCUGCCGACGGCUCCACCAAGCCUCUUCCCAAGUUCAACCCCGGUCAGUACACGGCUGUAUCGAUACAUGUACCCGCUCUUGGGCACAAACAAGCCAGACAGUACUCGCUUUCGGACGCGCCGAAUGGCGACUACUACCGUAUCUCCGUGAAGUGUGAAGAUGGUGUUCGUGUGCCAACUCCUUCCAACCCUACCGUCCCCGCCCACCCUGGAUGGAUGUCCAACCUUCUUCACAAAGACCUCCAAGUCGGCUCCCUCAUCGAUGUCGCAUCCCCCUACGGCGACUUCUUCCACCUCCCCGACCCUGCCAAGCCCACAUCUCCCCUGGUGCUCCUCUCUGCCGGUGUCGGCCAGACUCCCCUUAUGUCGAUCCUCAACUCUGAAAUCGCCGCGUCUUGCAAGAGGCCGAUUACUUAUGUGACGGUGGCGAAGAACCAGGAGGCGCAUGCGUGGAAGGACUACCUGAAGCAAGUGAGCGUCGAGCAUGAGAAUGUUCUUUCGAAGGUGUUCUACUCUGCGCCUGGGUGGGGGAGCUGGGCUUGGGGCGACUAUGAUUUCAAGGGCAGGAUGAAUUUGGACCUUGUCAAGGAUGAUCUUUACCUCAAUGACAACACGACCCGAUACUUCUUGUGUGGUCCUGCGCAGUUUAUGAUUUCACAAUCCAAGGUUCUGCAAGGUAUGGGCGUCGAUGAGAAGAGGAUCCACUUUGAGAUGUUCGAGGCUGGAGAGCUCCCCGUCCCGGCGGCUUAGAUCAUAAGAGUCGGUAUCGUAUUUCGUAUAGCAUCUUUCAUAGUCAUCACUUCCAUUUAAAAGCAUUUCUAUAGUCGGUCACUUUUGGGUAUUCCAGCAUGUACAAGUACUACACUUUCCUCACGGGUUUCGAGAUUGAUAGCUACCAAUGAAAACUAUUUCAGCAAU